CGCGGGGGCACGUGGGCUCCUCACUUGUCGUUACGGUUUUCUCCGGUCGUCGAGCGCGUGCACGCCCCGCCGGGCUCAGUGCGUCCGCCUUCUCCUCGGACUCGGAACCAAAUCUUCCGGCUCGCGCCAUGGACGCUACCGUUUAUCAGAUCCUAAUUGGGGAGCUCGGGGACAUAAAUUGCACUUUGAUAGACGCACUCCAAGACACUUUUUUCCAAAACGCAUCAUUCUCAUUUCUCAGCUCUGAUGGGUUUUAUUGCAAUGCCACAAGCGAUGAGAUUGGCACCUGCUGGCCGCAGAGCAGCGCGGGCAGCGUCGUGGAGAGACCGUGUCCCGAGUACAUCAACGGGGUGAAGUACAACACAACCAGGAGCGCGUACAGGGAAUGCAUGGACAACGGCACCUGGGCCUCGAAGAGCAACUACUCCAAUUGUGAACCCAUUUUGGAGGAGAAGAGAAAAUAUCCAGUGCAUUACAAAAUUGCGCUGAUCAUCAACUACCUGGGUCACUGCAUCUCUGUGGGAGCUCUCGUCGUGGCCUUCGUCCUCUUCUUGUGCUUGAGGAGCAUACGAUGCCUCCGCAACAUCAUCCACUGGAACUUGAUCACCACGUUCAUCCUGAGGAACGUCAUGUGGUUUUUGCUUCAGUUGAUCGACCACAAUAUCCACGAGAGCAAUGAGCCCUGGUGUCGAUUCAUUACGACCAUAUACAACUACUUUGUGGUGACGAACUUCUUCUGGAUGUUCGUUGAAGGGUGUUACCUUCACACGGCCAUCGUGAUGACCUAUUCCACCGAUAAGCUCAGGAAGUGGGUCUUCCUCUUCAUCGGCUGGUGUAUUCCCUGCCCUAUAAUCAUAGCUUGGGCCGUAGGAAAGCUAUAUUACGAAAACGAACAGUGUUGGUUCGGCAAAGAACCUGGAAAAUACAUGGACUACAUCUACCAGGGCCCGGUUAUUCUCGUGCUUCUGAUAAACUUUGUUUUCCUCUUCAACAUAGUAAGAAUUCUCAUGACCAAACUAAGAGCUUCAACCACCUCUGAAACAAUACAGUACAGGAAAGCGGUGAAGGCCACCUUGGUGUUGUUGCCUCUGCUGGGCAUCACCUACAUGCUGUUCUUUGUGAAUCCGGGGGAGGACGACAUCUCACAAAUCGUCUUUAUCUAUUUCAACUCCUUUUUGCAGUCCUUUCAGGGGUUCUUUGUGUCCGUGUUUUACUGCUUCCUGAAUGGAGAGGUGCGUUCCGCAGUCAGGAAGCGGUGGCACCGCUGGCAGGACAACCACGCCCUGCGAGUGAGGGUGGCCCGAGCCAUGUCCAUCCCCACCUCGCCGACCCGGAUGAGCUUCCACAGCAUCAAGCAGACGACGGCUGUGUGAGCGGCGCGGU